GUUCUAUUACAAAUUUCGAAUACCUAGCUUUUCGGCUUUCCGGAAAGGCAUUGUCUGGUAUAAGUCACCAAAUUAAAUGUGAUUUCAGAUUGCCAUCCGGAUGAGAAGUACGUAUCUCUGUACGAGUGCUCCCAUGUAUAUAGAACUGCCUGGUCCUGGACGUUGAUGCGCGAGUAUGAUAUUGAUAUCUGGAGGAGGGACCGAAGGAUCUGCUGCCCCCCGCCUGGCAAUCGGCUCCCGAGCACAGAUAUCUGCGGCAAGAGCCCACUUGUACCCCGAAUUGUGGGUGGCUCGGAUGCGCGGCCACACGAAUUCCCCUGGAUGGCAAUGCUUCUGUAUCUGAAUAGAUCCUCCUUGGAGAUUCUGCCCCUCUGCGCGGGUUCCUUGAUCAACAAUCGCUAUGUCGUGACCUCGGCCCACUGUGUAGUUGGAGUUCCGGAUGACUUGUCGCUCAAAAACGUCCGUCUCGGCGAGCAUGACAUCACCAAUAAUCCAGCCUACCAUCCGAAGUGCAGGAACCAGGCCAGCCGAUGUGCCCUCCCGAAUCUAGAGAUCGGAGUGGAGGAAAUCAUAGUCCAUGGGCGAUUCAAUAGCAGUUUCUUAGGGAGGAUCCAAAACGACAUCGCUCUCCUGCGACUGAAAAUGCCAGUUCGCUACAGCACAGGAAUCCAGCCAAUUUGUCUUCAGAACUCCGACCCCUUCACCAAAUCGAGAUUUGAAGUAGCCGGAUGGGGCAUAACAAAUAAUGGAAGCUUUAGCCAAGUUCUGCAGCGUGGAAUCAUUCGGGAGAAGGAACUCAGGGUUUGCGCAGGAAGGAUUCGUUUUCUGGACUUCAACGUCCACUCCCAAAUUUGUGCCGGCGGCGACGGCGGAGUCGAUACCUGCAGUGGAGAUUCCGGUGGACCGCUGAUGGCGACGGGGGGACGCAUGGACAAUACUCGGGUUUACUUAGCUGGCAUCACCUCCUACGGAAGUCGAAAGUGCGGAGCGAUCGGGUUUCCUGGUGUUUACACUAAAACGAGUGCAUUUCUUGGAUGGAUAAGAGGGUUAUUGAGGCCCUAAUGCUAAAUACAAGGAUAGUUUAAAGUGGA